AACAUAACCUUAAAAUUAAAAAUACAAUUUAGCCGAACCAAAAUAAUCUCUUACGAGACAAAAUCUAAAAAUAACACCUGUUCCCAAUAAAAAAAGAAAUACUUACGUUUUAUACUCACGUUUCGCACGUGCCGUAGUAAAAGAUAUAUAAAACCUUAUUCAAAACUUUGUGUUUAAAAACCAAUAGUACAAAAUGAAAAACCUGGAUGUGUUCUUGAUAUUUCUAACUGUAAGAUUAGUAUCUGUGUAUUUCGUCCAAACGUUUUAUGUGCCAGAUGAAUAUUGGCAGACUUUAGAAGUUGCCCAUAAUUUGGUUUAUGAAUAUGGGUAUUUGACUUGGGAGUGGAGUAAAGGUAUAAGAAGUUACAUACCCCCGUUAGUGGUAGCAGGAUUGUACAAAUUUUUAAACCUUCUUGGCCUUGACAGUGCUGAAUUCUUGAUUUAUGCUCCUAGAGUCCUUCAAGCUUUUCUCAGCUCCUAUUCAGAUCUGUGUUUCUACAAAUGGUCGGGAACCAAAAAAUGGGCAGUAUUCGCAAUGGCAAGUUCAUGGUUUUGGUUCUAUACUGGAUCCAGGACUCUGAUAAAUACCAUGGAGUGUUCCUUAACCACAAUUGCUCUAUCAAAAUUCCCAUGGCCAGGAAAAGGGAUAGAAGAAUCUUCCACCUUCUUAUGGAUAACAGCUUUAUUGUUUAGUAUAAGACCUACCAGUGCCAUAGUGUGGCUUCCACUUUGCUUGUAUCAUUUGAAAAUAACCAAAAAGUCAUUCUUAAAUGUCACCCUCACCAAAUAUUUUCCAAUAGGGUUUAUUAUAUUAUCCUUAGCUACUAUGUUUGACAGCUUAUGCCAUGGAUCUCUUUUGAUAACGCCCUACGGAUUUUUAAAGUUUAACCUUCUUCAGAAUUUGAGUUCAUUUUAUGGAGAACAACCAUGGCAUUGGUAUUUAUCUUCUGGGUUGCCUGGGAUAUUAGGUAUACAAGUACUACCUUUUCUUCUGGCUACAGUGGUUGUUCUGAAAAAUAGAAAAGUACAUCCCAAUGAGUUAGUGAUGCUUGGGACAAUUGUUUUUACUUUGGCUGUGUACAGUUAUUUACCUCACAAGGAAUUUAGAUUUUUAUUACCUCUGUUGCCAUUGGUGUUCUAUAUAUCAUCCAGAUUCUUAUCAGCUUGGAGUAGAAAAGCCAACAAGUUUUCCAUAUGGUUAGUAGCAGUCGUAAUAUUUAUUGGAAAUUUAGGUCCAGCUUGGUAUUUGGGAAUGGUACACCAAAGAGGUACACUGGAUGUCAUGACCCCAUUACGAGAGGUAUCCAAACAGAAUCUGCAAGAUACCAGUUUGCUAUUUUUAAUGCCUUGUCAUUCAACACCAUUGUACAGUCAUCUUCAUGUAAAUGUUACCACGAGAUUUUUGACAUGUUUGCCAAACUUCAGUAACAUAGAUAAUUAUAUAGAUGAAGCUGAUGCUUUUUACAAAAGUCCCACAGACUGGUUAAGGCAGAAUUAUCCACCAAAUGGAACUCUACCGUCCCAUAUUAUUAGCUACGACGUUUUGGUACCUUCUAUAUCUGAUAUACUAAGCAGGUAUAAAUUAACUCACGAAAUCUUCCACACCAACAUACCAAUCUCCUCCCGCAUUGGAAGAUAUGUCGUGAUACACAAAUUAAUAGAUUUCUGAACGCCCUGAAGCAUUUUAAAUGCUUUAAUAGCGUUAGAAGAAUUGCUCAAUGAUUUUUUUCAAUAGGAUUUUGCGGUGUCAUGAAUGCCUUGACCAAAGAGAGCCAGAAUCGAGACUUCUGCCUCAUAGUUUAAGAAAUAAAU